AAGGACAAACAGCGGAAGAAGAGAGGAGGCGCUUCUCGUGUCAACACCAGAGAUGCAUGACAGCUACGAAAUGUCUAGUACUGCUACCUAACGGGACCGGUUUCAUUGUAUUUAGACGUCUCUUUGCCCUUAUAAAGUUGAUUAAGAACGUCCCUUUCUUCAACGGAAAGGUUAGACAUCCGUAGCAGCCAACAAAACGUGAAAUGAACGGGGCGGCAUUCCCUUCCCCCAUGGCGGAGAUGGCAGAGAUGAAUCGUAUCCAGUAUGAGCUGGACUACACCGAAGGGAUCAGCCAGAGGAUGCGCAUCCCUGAGAUGCUCAAAGUGGCUCCUCAGGGCCGCGAGGACCCUAAUCUUGGAUCUCAGGAGGUCCCCCGCAGUGUCAUAAUGCAAGUGCCAGAGAGAAUUGUGAUUUCAGGAGACAGUAAUGACCCCCAGUACCCCAGACCCAGGGACCUGGACCUAAUCCAGUCAACACCACUAGAAUCCCUUUCACUGAAGACUCCACCCAGAGUCCUCACCCUCAGUGACCGACCGUUGGACUUCCUAGAAGAGGAGCAGCAGUCCGCUCCAGACAGUGAGGAGGUGUCGCAGCCUCAGACACGAGCACGCCGGGAACGCUCAGCCAGUGAGAAUGCAGCUGCCCGUCAGAACAAUCAGCUGAUGCGCAACGAUUCUGCUGCGGCCCCGUCCCCCCCAGCCACUGUCCACCCUUGCCCCCCUCUCACCGUGACCGAAGAAGAACACAGCCUGUACAGCCCUAGCGGGGUUUUAUCUUUCCUCCAGUCCACGACACGUCGGGCCUACCAGCAGGUCCUGGAGGUCUUGGACGAGAACCCUCGCAGCAAACCAUCCCCGCGAGGGGGGUCGGCCUCAAGCUCCAACCCCCCGCAUGACUCCAGGCUCGCACUGUCAACGUAUGAAGCCACGCUGGACGCGGGGCCCGACGACAUGACCGUGGUGGAUGCCACAACGCUACGGCGUCAGCUCAUCAAGUUGAACCGAAGGCUGCAGCACUUGGAAGAGGAGAACAAAGAGCGAACGAAGCGAGAGAUGAUCCUGUACUCGGUCACCGUAGCUUUCUGGCUCGUCAACACCUGGGUGUGGUUGCGACGUUGAUUUCAAAGCGCCGCCGUGUGUGUUUCUGGCAUCAACGUGACGGAAGAACGUAUUAUCCCUAAUUCUGUGUCAAAUGUUAGCUCACCGCUGCACUCUGCCCCCGCGUGAGGAAGACCUUGUAACGCGCGCACAAGGCCCGGGUAACAACGGGGCUUAUAUUUUCAUUUGGUUUAUUUAAUAAUACAUGUAAAGUUUUAUUUUUUUUACUCUUAUUUCAUCUCGUCUCUCGCUUUUUUUUUUUCUUCUUUUUAUUACAAACCUCCUUCCUCAACGCUAAGCAUGACUUGUUGUAAAUAUUUGUCUGUCACUCAAGAGUUUUGGAUUGAGGUCAUCAAGAUAUAAAUUAAAUCAGUUUACCAAAAUGCAGCUGCAGUGUGCAGAUGUGACCUGUUGAAUAUGCAUUGGGGAAAGAGUAAUAUGUGACUUGAAUUAGGAAAUGUAAAACAAUUUACUAAAACCAUACAUACGA